AUCCAACUCAAGUAUAAACAGCAGUUUCAAAGCGUUAAUUCAACGAGUCAGACAUCAGGAAAAAGCAAAACACAAUAAUACAUCGCAGCAAAACAGCUGAAAAAGACUUGAAUCUAAAUACCAUUUGGUUGAAAAGUAUUUAAAUAAAAUUUAUUGUACACAACACAAAGAAGAAAAGGAAAAAACAUGAAAUCGUUUGUGGCCUUUGCUGUGCUCGCCGCUAUUUGCGCCGUAGUCAAAACCGAAGAGGUCUGUCACAAUAAUGUGGUCAGGGCUUGCUCUUCCUCCACUCUCUCUGCAAUUGCCGGAAUGUUUGCUAGUGAAAGUGCUUCCAUCUGUAACUCCCGUUAUGGUGGCAUUGAACACAUUGAACCCGAGGUGCAGGCCUAUGUCAACUCACAUUUGACCAAAUCCUAUGAAUACUUGUUGUUGGCCACCUAUUUCAAUUCCUAUCAAAAGAAUCGUCCCGGUUUCCAGAAAUUGUACCAAGGCUUGUCCGAUCGCUCUUUCGAUGAUACCAUUGAUUUGAUCAAACAAUUGACUCGUCGUGGUGGCCGUGUCAACUUCAACUCUGUGCAUGAAAGCCCUGCCUCUGUAUCCAAACAACGCAUGCAAUUGGAAGUCGAUGAAUUGCACUCUUUGGCCAUGGCCUUGGAUAAUGAGAAACAAUUGACCAAUGGUGCCAUUCAUGUUCAUACUCGCUCUUUGCAUGCCGCUGAACGUGAUCCCGAAAUGGCUCAAUACAUGGAGGAGAAAUUCUUGAGCAAACAAGCUGACAGCGUACGCAAAAUGUCUGGUUAUGCCAAUGAUUUGUCCAAAUUGAUGAACCAACCUGAUCCCUCAUUGGCUGUCUAUUUGUUUGAUGAAUAUUUGCAAAAGCAAUAAAUUUACAAAAACAAAAAACAAUAACAAGAAAUUUAAUAAACAAGCCACAUUAAAAAAACAACAACAACAAAUAGCCGAAAAGACAAAGAUUGUUAAAGGAGCUAGAAGGAGGGGAGGGGGAAAAUUGAAAAAAUAAACACAACAACUUACAGCAUCUUAGAUAAGAAGUUUACUCCCUCUCUACCACCCACCCAACGUGCGGAGCAUAUGGGUUAUGUCUUUUGUUUUGAUUAGUUUAUGCUUGAAUUCCAAAAAAUCACUUUCAAUAAUUCGAAAUUGUUAGAAAAGUAGUAUUACCAGAACUUCUAUUAUUAUCUACAAUUACUUCUUUUUUGUUUGUUUAUCUUUAAAUAAAAAUAAAAAAACAACUAUUAUUAACUGUAUUUGAACAAAAAUUACCUACGCAUACAUACUUGCGCAUCUAUCUGAAAACAAAUACCAAUAAAAAUUCUAGCUCACACCCACAGCACAAAAACAUGAUUCUCUCACUCCCUCUCUCUUGAUUGUGAUAUAAAUAUGCAUUAAUUUUAAUUUUUCAUUAUUUUUAAUCAUAACAUCAAAACGAUUAUUUAAUAAUAAAAAUGGCGUGUGAGCCUGAUAAUAAAUAAAUAAAGUUAAAAACCAAAGAAA